CAUUGCGCAGAAACACGUUAAUUGACACUUCUUUAGACCAAUAGAAAUAAGGAAAGCGAAGCAAGUGGGCUAGGUGAUUGGCUGAUGAGAAGACUACGAAAGUAGUCUAGGACCUCUAGGACCGAGACAUUCUGACUUAAUUUCCGGGGUCUCCGUCACGUUGGUUUGGACGGGACGAUUCUAGUUAGCUGUUUUGCGGUGUUUCUUUUGGCAAGAAUUAUAUUUGUUUUUGGAUUUUGGAUUUUUUUGUGAUGUAAGCGCGUGCUGUCUCUUUUGGUUGUGUCUGUUUGAGAGCGGGCCCCCAAAUUGCACUUGGUACUGUGUUUGUUGCUCUUUGCUAGCGUCAUGUCGGUCUGGAAAUUUUAUAGGCACACAGAACAUUUUGUAGAUUUGAGCAGGUUAGUGCCCGUUUUAGAGUUCCAGAUUGUUCAUCUACGAUAAAUUACAGUAAUCUACAAUAAAUUUUUGAGGAGGAAAUGUGGAGAUACGUCUGCAAUUUUAAAUCUAGAAGUGGCGAGGUUGAUUUAUGUUGGCUCCUUUCCCUUUUGGUCUUUUCACCAUCUAGAAGUCCUUUAUGAUGUCACUAUACCUAUAUACGGAUUUUCACUUAGGUCUAGUCUUUCAUCCUUCCCUGCUAUCUGCGGUUUGUCUGAGACUCCCCCUUUCCCCUUAAAGAAAGUUUCCCGGUUUGGUUUUGGACCGAAUUUUGAGUCCCAGAAAGAGCAUUAACAAGUUUUCAGAUAUUAUCAUGAAGUGAAAACUCCAGUUUCUGACUUUGAAUUCAGAAGAUCAUCAACUACAUUGCUAUUCAGAUAUUUAGUGCUGAAACAUUUUUGUUGGAGAAAUGUCUUCAGAAUCAGAAAAAGAUAGAGACAGGCUGGUUCAAGCUGCCCAAAAGUUCUUCUUUCAUAUGCAAGAUCUUGCUUCCUUCACUAACAUACUUAUUGAAUUGUUUAACUGCAGUCUGAAUACUCAGAUCAACCACAUGACUGUGAAAGAAGAUGAUAAUAUUAAGGAUGUCUUUGAACAAAUGUUCAAAAUUUUAAAGGAGAUGCAAUCUGUACUGGAGGCAAAGUAUGACCAAAUGCAAAAGGAACCUUUAUGUUCCCAGAUUGCAACAGCUGUUUGUUCCAUAGUUGAGAAGAACACCAAUGUAAAGGAGUUGCAUCAGUCAGCUAAAGAAAUGUUCAAAAAUGUCCACACACCAGUCAUUGUCUCUGUGCUGAAUAGUAGUAACAUCCUGGGGAGUUUAGAAUCUUCUGUCUCACCCUUGAUGAAAUAUCCCAUCAUGAAUCUUCGGUUAAGUGACCUCUAUAGAAAAGACACCAAAGAGCAAUCAGAUGCCACCACAUCUGAGAAAAGCACAAGUCCAGGGCCACCCCAAAUCAGUACAAUAGACACCUUGAAGAAGUUGCAGGGUGCGCCGAAAACUGAGCAAACCAAGAAUACCAUCAAGUCCACUGCAGAUCAGCUGGAGCAAAUUGUCAAAGCUUUGCUACCAAUCUUAGAGGUCCUCCAAAAAGUCAUAAGCACUAUGGAAACCAAGACGCCUGUGUCUAAGAAGACCAAUGACCAGUAGGAGUGCUCAUUUCUGUCAGAGAAUCAGUUUGAGUCCUGUGAAAUUUUGGAGUAUGUUCUAAGACCUUUCAUGCUAGAAAUGUGUUAUGUUGAGACAUAAGUGCAAAGAGUAGUCACCCAACAGACCAUUUACCUUGAAUUUUGCUUUAUUCAAAUAAAAAUAAUCAAAGAAA